AUGGCCUCCUUCGACACAGAUGUUGAUCAUAGUGAGAGCCGAGCGGCGGAAAUCAAUGCCAUUGGAUGGGUCUUCACCGGGGUUGCAAUCGCAGCGGUUUCCUUGAAGCUAUUCGCCCGAAUUGAUAGCAAACGGUUUGGCUGGGACGAUUUUUUUAUUUUCUUGUCGCUGGCUCUCAGUAUCAUUGCCACGGCACUCGUUUCAUAUUCGGUCACUCUUGGUCUAGGCCGGCACACUGCAACUGUAAUUGCUGAAUAUGGCAUUAAGAGAUAUGAACAAACAGCCUACUGGCAGAUUAUUGCAUUUCCUUUCAACAUCGGUACUAAAACCGAGGCCAAUACGUAG